GUAUGACGUAAGAAUCUUCCAUACCCCUUCUAUGUGGCUUCUGGAAUUGUUUAGCGAAUCACAUUUUAUGUUCAGCCCACUCGAUUUGGUAACUAGGCAAUCCAGCGUCAUCCUCCUUGGAACCAAUAUAUUUACGCCUUAUUCGGUAGGCCGUAAGAUCUCCCAAUUCAUUUUCUUCUCCUCUUCUUCACUUUCUUCGUCUUCAACCACCAAUAGUUAUAGCAUAUAAGCCUUCCAAUGUCCUAAAGUAUGUCACAGCAACUACAAACAUAUGCUUCCGACGAGCAACGUGUGAAAGAUCUGCUGAGCAAAUGUGGUUUGAAUCAAUACUAUGAACGAUUCGCAGAAGAGGGCUUCGACCAACUUAAAUCAUUAUAUGAUAUUACCGAAGCCGACUUAUCAGCACUCAAUGUUAAGCGUGGUCACAGAAGAUUACUUCAGCGAGAAAUCGCUAAUCGUAAAGGCAUUCCUGCCAAUCAACCACUCGUGGUAGAACAUGGCUUUGGAAACAAAGAUCAUCAUUCCCCCAUGACGACAGCAUCGACGUCUGGAUAUUCAUCCAUGGCGAGCUUCAACACCGGACAAGACGCAAACGGAUCACUGGAAUGCUCCAGCAGUAUCUCGUCCACAGAAGAUGAUACGUCGUCCAGCUCACCGCUGACCAAACGCAAAUACCGCCGACAUGCUAAACCCGAUAAAAAUGCCCCUAUCAAACCACCUUCCGCCUAUGUCAUGUUUUCCAACGAUGUUAGAAAAGAAUUAAAGGACUACAACAUGUCUUUUACCGAACUAGCUCGCAUUGUCGGCAAUCGCUGGAAAAACAUCGAAUCCAAUGUUAAGCAAACUUAUGAAGAUGCUGCCAAUCUCGCCAAAGAUGAAUACUUGCGAGAAUUAGCCGAAUAUCAAAAGACUGAAGAACACAAGCAUUAUCAAAAAUAUCUUACAGAUUUUCGCUCGAAACAAGAUGCAGCUGCUAGAGCAGUUGGUCGACCUCGCAAAAGAGUUAAAACAGAAUCGCCUAGCAGUGGAUCCAUCGCUGACUCUAGUUCCAACGGCAAUGCAAUGGCACCUCAAACAGUGGCAGCAUGAGUCAUCCUAGCUUUUCUGCUGCAACCACACCCAAUUUUUUUACCCGCAAGGCUGAUGUUGGUCGUUUAAGUUCUGAACGACUCGCUGCUCAAGACGCUUAUUACAAUGGUACCUCGGAGCCUCCCACCACACCUUACUUGAGUCGCUCAACCAAUGCCGAAACAACCCCAUCAUCCUCAUUUAGUGAAGUUUCUCCAAGGGCCACCAGAAGAAAUCCUAUUACACCUGACUCCAUCAUCGCUCAGCCUGAAUCAGAUGUUCGAAGCGAUGAAGGUACUGUACCUGUCUAC